AGAGUGUGAACUGUGAAGGCAGCAGAGAUAGAUAGUUCAAUGGGCAGGGCCGCUGCUUCGUCCGCGUAAUAUCUGAGGCAGAAGCAACUCAAGAAGCCAUUGUCGAGUGAGGAGCUGGCUGGCUGCAGCGACAGCGACAGUGACAGUGACAGUGACAGUGGCAGGCAAGACUCAGAAUGAAAAAUGAUUACUUGCUUAGUGCAAGUUGGAUCGUGGCGGCAAUGACUAAGGAAUCUUCCUUUCUGCUCCAAUCAGAACCCCGCAAAUCUUGCAAUCCCACCCGGCCGUCCCUGUCGUUUUCCCCUCUCUUUCUCUAUCUCGGUCGAGGCAGCAUCAUCCACUGCAGUGCAUCCUUCCCUUCACCCACUUCUCUCUGCUCUUCCUCUUUUACUACCACUACCUUCAACUCCUACACUUACACUCAUUUCCAGUCAUUCCUUCAAUUUCUCUCCUCUACGCUAUUUGCCUCUUCUCUUCUCUUCUCUUCUUUUUCCGCUGCCUUCACCCCUUCGCCCCCCUUUAUCAUCUUCCAUUAUAUCCUUCUUUCUCUUUUUUACCUUUUUAGAUUCUCCGGCUAGUUAGUUAGUUAGAUCAUACCUUAUCUAAGGGCGGAUUCGGUUCGCCUCCCUCCUCCAAUCUCCGAACCAACCCUUCUUUGUCACCAUAUCUGUCGCGGAU